CAUUAUCGUUCCUCCACCUCAUUGCUUCUGGUGGCUUCUCCCCUCCAGUGACUCAAGUUUGUAAUCUGCUGCGAGGUCUGGGUAUCUCUCCGCUGCUCGUCGUCGUCAUUGACGCGCUACCCAACGCAAAAUUUCAUUGCUUUUGUAGUGAGGGCCUUGGUUGACUCCUCCGAAUUGGUUGACUCCUCCGAAGCGCUCCCCAGAAAAUUCUGAGGGGAAACGGUUUAGAAUUGAGUGGAAUAGGAAUCAGUGUCAUUAGCAAGAUGGCCGUGGCCAUGGCUGCAUCGCAGGGCGUUGUAGCGGCGCCUGCGGCGCUCAGCUCUUCUGGACUUCGAGGCUCAUUCUCAGGUGAGAGGUCCCAGGUCUUCGGUUGUGGUUUGGGACAGAAGGCACAGCAGAUGGUUGGGGUCUGCAGGAGAACAGACGGUAGGGUUUUCAAGGUUCAGGCGCAGGCUGGGAGUUUUGACCAUAUCCCAAAGCAGUUUAGAAAGGAUGGUUUGAAAGACGGAUUGACGAGGAAUUUCGACUCGUGCCCGCCGAGUUUGUAUGGAUUGAACCCAUCUCAGAUGGAUAUGUUCAUGGUGGAGAAUAAUCCGUAUCAAAGACAGGCCGAGCGCGUUUCGGAGGCUUCAAUCUCUUCGGCUAGCAGAUAUCAAGAAGGUACUGGAUUGUGGACCGCAACUGGCCUAGACGGUGCACCUUCUCGGUUGAGCAUGAGUGUAAGUAUGUACAGAGGAGGAGGUAGUGCUGGUGGGCGUCCCAAGACUGCUCCUCCAGAUCUUCCCUCUCUUUUACUGGAUGCUCGCAUCUGUUACCUGGGUAUGGCCAUUGUACCUGCCGUGACUGAAUUGAUCAUUGCGGAGCUUUUGUGGUUGGAUUUUGACAAUCCGUCCAAACCAAUUUACUUUUACAUCAACUCUUCUGGAACUCAAAAUGAGAAGAAAGAGAGCAUUGGGUUUGAGACUGAGGCUUAUGCUAUAGCGGACACCAUCAGGUACGUGAAGUCCAAGGUGUACACCAUCAAUUGCGGACAAGCCUUUGGCCAAGCAGCUAUGCUUCUGUCGAUUGGUGAGAAGGGCUUCCGUGCACUUCAACCUAGCUCCUCUACCAAAUUGUAUUCACCGAAGGUCAACCAAUCUAGUGGGUCUUCAACCGACAUGUGGAUCAAGGGCAAGGAGCUUGAUGCUAACACGGAUUAUUACAUAGACUUGUUGGCUUCGGGUACCGGCAAAUCCAAGGAAGAGAUUGCUAAUGAUAUUCGUAGGCCUAGGUACUUCAGGCCGCAAGAGGCUAUUGACUAUGGUCUUGCUGACAAGAUCAUAGAGCCUCGUGGAAUCGCCAUGGAGAGACGAAACUAUGACGAGAUGCUUGCGCAGUCGAAGGCUGCCAGGGCAUCGUAUGCCAGACCUGGAGCCGCAGCUCCAGCAGGGGCAGGAGGCCGCUAGAGAAAUUGGUGUCUGCAAAUAUUAAAUAGGAAUUCUACUCGUUAUCUCAAAUUGGAUAUUACCAUGCAACCUUAAAAUCUAUUGUAAUACAUCUUUUUCAAGUGUUAUCCGUCUUCAA